AUGUUUCCAACAGUCACAAAGACAUUGUCGCUGCAGCGCUACAGAAUCACUAGCCCUCUGGUUGGGUCCACUUCGUUGUUGCGCAGCCUUAGGUGGUACAGCAGCGAGAAAGAUGACCACGACGAUGUGAUGACAAGGAUCAAAAUGGCCCCUAUAAAGAGAACCAAUGAGCCACUGGACAAAAAGAGAGCACGGUUGAUAUACCAGUCUCGCAAAAGAGGAAUCUUGGAAACAGACUUGCUUUUGUCUGGGUUUGCCGCUAAAUAUCUGAAGAAAAUGAACCAAGAGGAACUGGAGGAGUACGAUUCGCUACUGAAUGAGUUGGACUGGGAUAUCUAUUAUUGGGCGACGAAGAACUACGAGAUCAGUCCCUUGCCUGAGAAGUGGGCCAAUUCAAAGUUGUUGACGCAAUUACAAGAGUUCAGCGAAAAUAAAGAGAAGGAAAUCCUGAGUAUGCCCGAUUUGUCCAAGUACCAAUGA